AAAAAAAAACCUCCUUAAAUGCAGCCUAAAUCUCUCCUGAGAUUUCCUCUGUAAAAUCUCCCCUAACUGCUUCUUGCACCCCCUUAUUGGCAGCUAGCCCUAAACAUGCCCCAGGAGACUGCCAAGGAGGUGGGGACUAAGGGCAGGAUGUCACGUUUCUGUUUCUAUCUAAUCUAGGCCGAACCACAGAGACAUCCUCCUGUGUGCUGAAUUCAGGUCUGCCUAGUCCAGAAAAGCCCUUUGCUUUGCCUCUCCAGGCAGGGCCUGCAUCUUGAUAUCAUCACAGAAUCGUGACGUUUGGAAAAGCGAUCUGCGAUCCCCGAGUCCAACUGCAGCCCACCCCACCACGCUCACAGGCCGUGUUCCUCACAUCUCCACGGUUCCUGAACACCCCCAGGGACGGUGACCCCCCCACCUCCCCGGGCAGCCCGUUCCUGUGCAUCCCCCUUCUUUCUGCGGAUAAAUUCUCCCUGGGCACGAGGACGACGUCCCCUCAUGAUGACGGCCAUCCUGGAGCGCCUCAGCACGCUGUCCCUCAGCGGGCCGCAGCUCAGCCGCCUUCCCCGCCUGCUGGAGGAUGGCUUCCCCAAGAUGCCGUGCACCGUCCCACAGGGAGAGGUGCCACAGCUCUUCCGUGAGCCGUACAUCCACGCCGGGUACCGUCCCACUGGGCAGGACUGGAGGUAUUACUUCCUCAGCCUCUUCCAGAAGCACAACGAGGUGGUCAACGUCUGGACUCAUCUCCUGGCGGCGCUGGCCGUGCUGCUGAGGUUCAAAGCGUUUGUGGAAGGCGAGCAGCUACACCUGGAUGCUUGGUCUCUGCCUCUGCUCAUCUUUGUCCUCUCCUCUGUCACCUACCUGACCUGCAGCCUCCUGGCCCACCUGCUGCAGUCCAAGUCAGAGCUGUACCACUACACUUUCUACUUCGUGGACUACGUCGGGGUCAGCACCUAUCAGUACGGUAGUGCCCUGGCCCACUUCUACUACAGCUCCGACCAGGCGUGGUAUGACAAAUUCUGGCUUUUCUUCCUCCCGGCAGCUGCUUUCUGUGGCUGGCUGUCGUGUGCUGGAUGCUGCUAUGCCAAAUACCGGUACCGACGGCCUUACCCCAUCAUGAGGAAAAUGUGCCAGGUGAUCCCAGCCGGGCUGGCCUUCAUCUUGGAUAUCAGUCCUGUCGCUCACCGGGUGGUCGUGUGUCACCUGGGGGGCUGUCAGGAAGAUGCUGCUUGGUACCACACGUACCAGAUACUGUUUUUCCUUAUCAGUGCUUAUUUCUUCUCCUGCCCGGUUCCUGAGAAGUACUUCCCUGGCUCCUGUGAUAUCGUUGGCCAUGCCCACCAGAUCUUCCACGCCUUCCUGGCUAUCUGCACCCUAUCGCAGCUGGAGGCCAUUUGUUUGGAUUACAAGAACAGGCAGGAGAUCUUCCUCAAAAGACAUGGGCCUUUCUCCAUCUAUCUCUCCUGCGUCUCUUUUUUCGGCUUGGUGGCUUGCAGUGCCAUCACAGCUUACAUCCUGCGAUGCAGGAUCAAGGCCAUCCUGGCUAAAAAGGACUCCUGAGAAUCGUGAAGGUGAUGGGCCACCACCCAAAAAGGAAAAAAUAAUAAGAAAAGGGGCAUAGCAUCUUAGAGGCAUAACUGGCUUAUUUGCCUAACACACUGUGACUAACCUGGACCUUGGACUGGGGUGGAGGGCUGGAUGCUUCAUGCUGGGUGCAUUUUCACAGCAGGAGCUGCAUUCUGCCAUGCAGGGGGACAUGGGGUGUUUUAAGCCACAAAAGUCACUUAACCAAGGAUACUGGAAUAGGCAUAGGUUCUUUGUUCUCUCUAGUGAACCUGUGGGAGAUACCUCACCGAACAUGAAGAAUGGUAACCAGAGGGCUGUGCAACUGCAGAAGGGUUUUCUAGGGCACACAGCACAGGGAGAACCCAACAUGAGGCCUCCGAGUGGCCAUGUUGACAUCUUUGGGUUUUGCCAUUUCUGCUGGCCAAGGAGAGACUUGCUAACAUCAAAAGCAGUUGUAAGAUUUCAUUUCUAGGGUUCAUUCGCAAGGGCGUGUGUAACAGUGGCUGGACUAAUCCUUUCCCAGCUCCAGCUCAGCUAAAUCAGAUUUUAUCUAUGACCCCUUGAAGUAUCUCAGCAGCAGGUUGCUGAGGUGACAUCAGCAAAGCAUGCUUGCAGACCAAGACUUCACCUAGAGUCCUCUCGAAUCAACUGGAACUGAACCUGGCCCCCACGUCUGCCAGGCGCUGCUGUGGCCCAGCCACCCCCUGGUUGGGGAUGUUGGGUCAUCUGUAUCUUUUCUUUCUGCACAGUUGCACCAUCUGUGGUGAAACUGCUUAGCAAAGCCCAAGCAGGCUGUCCCAGCUCUUCAGAGGCUCCUGCCUUCCAUUUUAAGUGCUUACUUGCCCUUGAGGACUUGGCCCUGGAACGGGUUGGAGCUGAUUUUCUUAGCUUUUCUCAGUAGCAGUAGUAGAGGUUGAGCUCCCCUGCGACUAGCGAUCAGCAUUGAAGAUGCUGGCAGUGGGAGGGGAACUGUAUUUGUGGAGAGAAGUGCCUCUUUUUCUGCCUGCGUGACAUGUUCAUACAUUCCUGCAAAGCCUGAUCCUGUAUCAUCUGCCAUGGGAGUCUGACUGGCCUCCAAUUCUGACCAUGCAGCACAGAACUUACUUGGGUGUGAUCUGUCUGGUAUGGGAAAGCCGCUGGGCUCUGGGCCUCCUAGGAAUGGUCAUGGCCGAAAGAGGAUGAAAGUGAAGUGGAUGUGGAGCCUUUAUUCCCUUUUUAAUGGUCCUUUUCAGGAUGCCAAGCAAUCCUUGGUGGACCUUGUGGGAAAGAUGGCCGUGAAUCUGCAAGGUUGCUCUUCUCUGACUUAUGGGGCUUUGAAUCAGGCAUGUUUUUAUCGGCAUUAGAUGAAGGUAGAAUGGCAAAAGGCAGGAGCAGGUUGACAGAAUUAAGGUGUUUUGUAACCUUGGAAUGGGUUUGUCCUUGGAACUUGGAGGUUCUUGUGUGGAGCAGCAAAUAUAGUGGUCAGGAACACUGGUGUCUGUGAGUCACUGCUGUCCAAAGAGCAGGAAGGGUUGUUUUAUGGUGUCCUCAGCUAAACGAAUCUCUUCUGUAAUUGCUGGAGGGAUAUUUGAGGUAUGGAGCCAUACUGUGGCACUGAAGUUAGCAGCACUUACAGGACUGGAUGCUCUGAGCCCAUACAGAUAGAUUCCAGACUACAUACCUUCUGGUCAACGUACUUCUCGCUUUUCACAGUUAACUCUGAGUCCUUCCAGCUGUAUUCUUACAGAAGAGCUGAAGCCUCAAAUGUCAUGACAUCUAUACCACGAUAUAUAAAUCUUCACUGAAAGCAAGAAAGAUGUGGGAUCAAUUCCAGCCACAGAUCUGAAUCCAAGGGCAGGCAAAUGAAUGGUGGUUGCUGGUGUCGAGCAGGAAGACUUUAGGGUUGAGGAGAUGAUUUGUCAAGGCAAGCACUGAUUUCUGCACUUGAUCUGGUUUUUAAUUAUUGAGAUGUGUUUGGGCAUGUGCAUGCAUGCCUGAUUUAAUACCCAGAAAGGUUUUGCCUUCGGCUUUUUUAUCUACAGAGCGUCCUAGCUGGGUCAAGAUUAGCUUGAAGGAAGUAAUGCCGUGCUGCUGGAGGAGCAUGGGGGCCAGACAACAACAUCUCUGAAAACUCACCUAUCAGUAGGUACCUGGCUGCAACAAAAAGAAAGGUUUUGUGCACAAACCUGAAACUCUGGCCUAAUUGAUAAAUUAAAGGAUGAAGAGAGCAAUUUUUGAUCACAAGAGAAGAAAUCACGGGAGAAAUUUGGACAUCUAGUCCAUCCUUUCCCCUCACUUUGGGCUUCCUUGUUGACAUCUAGCCCAGCUUAGGAGCACUCAGAAAUUGGUAAUGACUUCAUUUCCUACGCUGCUUAUUGACUUACCCCUCCUCACACUGCACCUUCUGCACAGAGGUUUAGCUGACUAUGGAGCAAGAAAAUGGCUGGGAGAUGGACCAGCAGAAAAGCAACCCUACUGAAAAAAUGUCAGUGAUUUUCUCCUGGUUUUAACAUCCAGCCAGCUUAGUUGGGCAGCAGGGCUGCCUGCACACGUGGGUCUCCUCUCAGUUUGGGAGAAGACUUCCAGUAGGAGCAGGUAGGCUGCUUCUCACAGCCAAAUUUGCUUUGCCUUUGUGGCAGAUAAUGGAGAAUAAGCCAGUUACAGGCCGGUCCACGGUUUUGUUCUGAACUAAAACGGAGGGAGUGGGCAUUGCUGCUAACAGCAGACUGUGCUGUUAUCACUUAGUAAUACUGGUAUCAAAAGACAGGGGUCACCCAGGCGUUUGCUUCUCUAAAGCUGUGAAAAUAUGUGAUGUCCAGCCCCUGGCUAAAGGAGGAUGAUUGCAGUAAUGCUGUCCAGUUCCCAGCAGGGUAGGAGGAGGUCCUUCAUGAAUUUCCUGAGGUAUUUCUGGUCAAAUGUCAUCUCCGUGCUACAGCAGAAAUGGAACUUCUCCUUCUGAAUCAACUGUGGUGUGACAGUAGUGGUGUUUCUGCAUAUCCCCAUGGUACCCCUCAAAUGAAGCCACUCACGUGCCCGCGUGGCCCUGCACUCAGACCUGGAGCUGACUUCCUCAUUACUAUGAUGGGUCAAUUUUGCAGGCAACUGCCACCCAAAUUGCUGCUGCUGUGAGGGUGCACCCUUGGUGUCCAAAGGGACUUGUCUACACUGGAGCUUCCCCUGUCUCUGUCUCCAUCCUCCUCGUCUGCCUCCAACAAAGAGGUUUGUUCCUUCACCCCAGGACUUGUGCCUUACGCACCCGGCUGCCUACCUGAGCAAACUCAACAUGCUGAGCACUCUGUUCCACCUCAAGAAAAGGACCUGGGAAGUGGCUGCCAGUGCCCUCCUGAGAACUGUGCUGUUGAUCUAGAGGAGACCAGAGCUGCUGAGACAGUAAAAGUGCAGCUGUGCUAAACUGAGAGCCUGCCAGGGUCUUCUCCUUUGGGCUCGCUGCUUGGAGCACGGCUUCGUCCAUCCUGGUGCUCCUUUGAGGAGGCACGGCCGGGCUGGGUGUCCUGGUGGCAGGGAGUUAAGCACUUUUUGGAUCCUGAAGGCCCUCACCCUCAAGAAUCUCUGGCCCUACGAUGGUACUGUAGCAGAUCUCACAAGUUGGAUCUGCGCAGGUCAGCUGAGCAGUCAUCCCAAUGUGCCUUAUGCUGUUACCUGCAGGGAUUUAUACCGAAGGAACCAGGGGCAGCCUCUUUGUUAUCUGCUGGUCUGUGGUGGAGCAGAAGGGGGAGGAUGGAGAGAGGUACCUUAAACUCGCCUUAAACUUGGAUUUUUUGCCUAGUGAUUUGUGUAGCAGGGCAAGGACGGGUUCCUCAUGUGCCUUGCAAUUUACAUUUUUUACUGACAAGAUUAUUUUUAAGCACUGUUUGUUACUAAACAGAAGGACAAAAAGAGUUUGUUUUUGUUUCUUUCCCCCUAGGAAGUAGAGAAGGGUCUGGGGGUUAGAUAUUAACCAUCCCCUUCCCACCUUCCAUCUGCUGACUUUGUAUUGUUGAAAACAUUGGUAAUGUUUUAAGCUUUGUACUGUACUGAUCGUUAUUUAAAAACCUCCAGUGAAAAAACAAAACAAAACAAAACUGUGAAAGUAAAA